AUGGUGAAGCUGACGGAGGCCGCGCAGGAGAGGGGCACCGACUCUCUAAUUUGGGUCUCGCGAUUGUCCUCGAGCCUCGUGUCUGCUGGCGUCUCCACUCCGUCCGUCGAGGUGGCGAAGCUCCUCAUAUCCCACAUAUGCUUGUCGAACAAUAACCAAUCGCGUGAAAGUUCAGGACGUCGUCCAUCUCCACAUGAGGGCAAACUACACAUCGACGCCGUCCGUCGCAGGUGCUCCUUGCACGGCAGACCUUCGUCCGUAACCUUGACGCCGCCGUUCUUUGUCAAAGGAGAGAAUACGGGAGUUGGUGGAGACGUAAUCGGGAAGAAAAGGGCAACAACUGAGGGUCGAGUCAACGCCAUUGGAGCUCCAGCUCGAUCUCCAUACCAAUUUCAAGUGAUCUCAUCAGAGUUUCUUUGUAAUCUUCGAUCGGGGGCAGCUAGGUUAGCAACCAUGGUGAAGGAGACGGAGUACUACGAUGUGUUGGGUGUGAGCCCCACCGCAACCGAGGCCGAGAUUAAGAAGGCUUAUUAUGUCAAGGCUAGGCAAGUUCAUCCAGACAAAAACCCAAAUGAUCCUAUGGCUGCACAAAAGUUUCAGAUUUUGGGUGAGGCGUAUCAAGUGCUGAGUGAUCCAUCACAAAGACAAGCUUAUGAUGCCUACGGGAAAUCAGGAAUUUCAACAGAUUCGAUUAUCGAUCCUGCAGCAAUUUUUGCUAUGCUGUUCGGAAGUGAGCUUUUUGAGGAAUACAUUGGCCAGCUUGCCAUGGCAUCAAUGGCUUCCUUGGAUAUUUCCACAGAAGAAUCGGUUGAUGUCAAAAAGUUGCAGGAAAAAAUGCGGAAUGUCCAAAGAGAAAGGGAAGAGAAACUUGCCGGUAUACUUAAAGAUAGACUCAACCUUUAUGUCCAAGGAAACAAAGACGAGUUCAUUCGUCAAGCUGAGGCUGAAGUAGCAAAGCUUUCCAAUGCUGCUUAUGGUGUGGAUAUGCUGAGUACCAUUGGAUAUAUAUACUCAAGGCAGGCAGCAAAAGAGCUUGGGAAGAAGGUGAUGUACUUAGGCGUGCCGUUUGUUGCUGAAUGGUUUAGAAAUAAAGGACAUUUUAUCAAGUCUCAAGUAACUGCUGCUACUGGAGCAAUUGCUUUGAUCCAGCUUCAAGAGGACAUGAAAAAGCAGCUUAAUGCUGAAGGGAAUUACACGGAAGAAGAACUCGAGGCUUACAUGCAAUCACAUAAGAAAAUAAUGAUUGACUCCCUUUGGAAACUCAACGUAGCCGAUAUAGAAAAUACCCUCUCCCGCGUUUGUCAGCUGGUUCUGCAAGAUAGCAAUGCAAAGAAAGAGGAGCUUCGUUUGCGCGCAAAGGGUUUGAAAACUCUAGGUAAAAUUUUCCAGAGAGUGAAAUCAGUUAACGACAAUGAGAAUCUCCCGACUGAGCUGAGCAAUUAUAAAUUGGGUGGAAAUGGAAAUGAACCGAGUAAUAGUGCUGCUUCUUCCAACACACAUGAAAGAUCUUUAAAAAAUGACGAGCCUAACUCAGUAGCGGCACAGAGCCCAUAUGUGGAGACUCCUCAAUAUGCUGGAGCUCCAUUCAAGUUCCCAAUGCCAACUGCACCACCUGGUGUUAACAAGCAACCAUAAAAUUGCGCGAACACUUCGAGAGUUUUUGAAUUAUGGUGGAUGACGGUAUGUUUUUUUUUUUUUUUUUUUUGUNUGUCAAGUGGUCGAAUAGUGGAGGAAUUAUUUAUUUAUGUGAUGUGUGUUGUUUGUAUAGAUCUAGAAAUGUUGCCGAACAUGAAGAGCUUCUUAUGGCAUUUUAUGUAUUUACUAGCAACAAAUAGCAGUUUGUUGUAUGGCUCUGUUAUAUUACUUUGUAGUAUUGAUUGUCAUUUGUCUCCAUUUUUCAUGUGUGUACAGUUUAGUUUGUUAUGUGUUGUGUUCGUGCUUCACUGUUUUUUCGUAUUAUCCAUUUUAUUUGAUCAUAAAUACCAUAAUUACUCAAAAUUUAUUAUGUAAUUAUGUUUUUGAGUUGUGUCUGUGUUGUGUU